AUGAAUAAUAAUAAUAAUAAUAAUAAUAAUAAUAUUAAUAGUAGUAAUAAUAAUAUUUGGAAAAAAAAAAAAAACAACAACCCUAAUAACCAUAAUAAAAAUUUAACAAAAAAUCUAUUUUUUAAUAAUAAAGACAAUGAAUUCAAACAUGUUUACGAAAAAAAAAAUAUGCAAGGACAAAGGAAAAAAAAAAAUAAUGUUGCAUAUGAUACUUAUGAUAAUAAUGAUAUCCAUGCUUCAUCACAACACACUCCCUUUAUAAAUACAAUUUCUAAUAAAGAUGUUUAUAAUAAUAAUAAUAACAAAUAUGUAGAUAACACGCUUAACAAAAAACCUUUCCAUAAUAAUACAGAUAAUAAAAACCAAGGUGUUCAUCAUAAUAUGUAUGUAACAAAUGAAUACAAUAAGAAUAAUUUUAGAAAUAAAGGUUUAAAUAAUAAUACAUAUGGUAAGGAUAAUACAUAUGGUAAUAAUAAUACAUAUGGUAAUAAUAAUGCAUAUGGUAAGGAUAAUACAUAUGGUAAUAAUAACACAUAUGGUAAUAAUAACACAUAUGGUAAUAAUAAUACAUAUAGUAAUAAUAAUACACAUGGUAAGGAUAAUUUAUUUAAUAAUAAUACACAUGGUAAGGAUAAUUUAUUUAAUAAUAAUCAUAGUUUGCAUAAAAUUAAGUCUACUAAUUCAAAUGUAUAUAAAAAAAGUACAAAUAAUUCAAAAAAAGGACCUUAUCAAAAUAUAUAUACUACUGAAGAUAAGAAUAAUAAAAAUUUAACAAAUUCAGAAAGCUCCAGUUUUAUAAAUACAGAUAAAGUUUAUAGUUCAAAUUUAGAUUAUAUGAGUAGUAUGAAUAAAAAUGACACAAGGAAUGUUUAUAAUUUGUAUAAGAAUCAUUAUAAUAAUAAAACGAAGGACAAUAAUUGUAAUAAAAGAAUAGCUGAUUAUUCAUAUGAUAACAAUUAUGAUAUUAAUCAAGCGAUUUAUAAAUACCCAAAAUAUGUAUCUUCUACAAACAAUAAUAUAACUAACGAAGAUCCACAAAGGAAUAGACCAGAGGUAGAUAGUAAAAAUUAUUUAUAUAUGAAUGAAAAAAAUGAGAACACUUAUCAAAAUAUACAAAAGAAUUUAAAUAAUACACAGACAUUAUAUAACAAUUAUAAAAAUGUCCCAUCCGAAAGGGAUCACAUAAAUAAUAAUAAUAAUAAUAAUAAUAAUAAUAAAAAUAAUGUUCAAGAUAUAUUAUCACAAUGUAUAAAUAUUCUAUUAAACGAUAAAACAGGAUUACAUGAUUUGAAAAUAUUUUAUGAAACAAAAUCAAGAGAAAGAAACAAUAACCAGCUGAUUAAAUAUGUAUUAAAUAAAAUAAACGAUAUAACUAUAAAAUAUAAAUACCAUGAAAAUAACAUCAAUUUUAUUGCUAAAGAAAUAUAUGAAUUACAAAGGGAAUUCAAAAAUAAUAAUAAUGCUGUGAGUAAUUUUUCUACCUAUAAUAAAAAUGUAAGAGGUAAUGUGUAUGAAACAAAUAAAUAUAUAAACACAAAUGUGUAUAAUCAUGAAUUUAAUAAAAAUAAUGAAGAGGUUUACUAUGAAAAGGUACACAAUGAAGAGGUUUACUAUGAAAAGGUACACAAUGAAGAGGUUUACGAUAAAGAAUUCUACAACAAAAUAAUACAACACAGUUCAUACAAUAAUAACAAAAAUAAUGAUCAAUCUUUUAUAAAUUCCAAUGUAUACAAAGGAAAAGAUAAUGCACUUGUGUCCAAUACAAAGACACAUCAAGGAUUAUACAAAUUACAAAAAAAUACACAAAAUAUAAAUCUCAUCGAAAAUAAAAUAAAAUGUGAUAUAAAAAGUCAAAAUAUACUUAUACAUAAAUAUUAUAAAAAACAUGAAGAAUAUAAAAAAAAAUGGGAAGAAAUAAUUUACAAAUGUAAACAAACAAAUGUUCUAAAAAUAUUUUAUCAAGUUGAAGGAAAAAUAAAAGAUAAUAUAAAAAUUUUAGAUAUAUUCAAAUUAUAUCUAUUUCCUCAAAAUAAUUAUUUUCAUUAUAAAAAUGUUUUUUAUAAUAAUUAUAAAAUGAUUACAAUUCAUAACGUAAAAUUCUUGUUUUUACAAAAUUUAUUUACAUUUCAUAAAAAAAUCAAAAAAGAUUCUUUAAAAAAUACACAACCAGAAAAAGAUCCAGACCAAAUAAUAAAAAAUAAUUUAAAUAAAGAUAAACAAAAUGAUCAGGAUGAUCAUACUAAUGGUGGCAUUGAACAAAAUGAUAAACAAAGCGAUAAACAAAAUGAUCAGGAUGAUCAUACUAAUGGUGACAUUGAACAAAAUGAUAAACAAUACGAUAAACAAUACGAUAAACAAUACGAUAAACAAUACGAUAAACAAAACGAUGAAUUCAUAUCAAACAUUAGUUCCAUAUCCUUACCAUUACCCUUUGAAAAUUUUUUUCUUUUUUUUAAAAAUUUCUAUUCAAUUAAUGAUAAUUAUAUAAACAACAUGUGUCUAUUCUUAAUAUACAAAAUAAUUAUAAUGAAUGAAGAUGAUGACGAAUACCCAAAGUACUAUAACUUAAUAUUAAAUAUAUUAAAUAAAAAUACAUUAAUAUUAUUUUUAUUUAUUUUAAUAAGCCUUAUGAAAAAUUAUAACAUGAAAAAUAAUUACCUUGUAAAUGUAAUAGAACGCUUAUUACCAAUUAUAAUAAAGCCAAUCAAAAAUAAUAACACUAUAAAAAAGAAUAAGAAAAAAAAAAAAAAAAUUUUAUUCAAUAUUCUUUAUUUUAAAUUAUUCCGUUUAAUAUUUGACAAAAUCGAAACAUAUCAUAUAUAUAAAAAACAUCUAUUAUUAACCUUUUUAAGAUAUAUUAAAAAUUUCUUAUUAAAUAUAUGUUCUUGUGUUUUAAUAACACAAUAUAUAUUUAUUAAAUGUGUAGAUUUAAUUAAUAAAUAUAAUAAUCAAGAGUAUAUUUUAAUUAAAACAUUAUCGAUGGAAAUAUUCCUACAAUUAUGGAAUAAUGAAUCUGUAAAAAUUUCUGUAUUAAAAAUUGGUAAAUCAUUAAUUCGUUUUUUAAUGUUUAUAGGGAAUGUUGAAUAUAUACAUAAAAAUAUACUUACCUUAUUAUUAUCUUCUAUAGAAAAUACUAAUCAAAUAGAUUUAAAGGAAAAAUUAUCAAACCUUAUAUGUAAUAACAAAAGAAAUAUUUUACAAAAAAAGAAACUAAAACAUUAUAUAAAAAAAUUUCACAAAUCAAAAAAAUGCAUCUUAUAUAUAUCAAACCAAAAAAAUACAUAUAAUAUAAAAUUAAAUAAUAACAAUGUUCUUUCAAGAGAACAAAUACUAUUAGAACAUAUACAUAUAGAUCAUAUAAAAACAAACCACAUAUCGGAAUAUAAAGACGAAGAUAUGACAUUACAAAAUAUAUCACUACAAAAUAAUAUUAAAGAAUUUACAUAUAAUAAUAAAAAUGAUGUUUUUCUUAAUUUUAAUAUAAAUAAUAUUAAAAACUUUACGUUGUUAGAUUUUAUAUUCCAAAUCAAAAAUUAUUUUAAUUAUUAUAAAAUACUUUUAUCUGAUGCAGAAAAAAAAUGUAUACAUUUCUUAAUGAAUGUAAAUUAUAAAACCAAUAAUAAUAUGUACCAUCUUAAUUUAUUUUAUAAUUUAUAUAUAAAAGAUAAUAUUACCAAUUUUAUACAUGAUAAUAAAGUCAUCUAUUAUAUAGAUUAUAUAAAGAAUAAAGAUCUGGAAAAACAAAAAUUUCAUAUGACACACAACUUUUUUAAAGAAGCAAGAAAGGUUUAUACAUUGCAAGGUUGGGUUUGUAAUAACAGUUCGGAUGAUUUAUUCAUUGAUCAAAAUUGUGCACAAGAUAUGAAUCUCCGAGGUGAUCAUAAUAAAUAUUUUCAUAAAAGAAAAUAUGAGAACAGUUUAUUAGAUAAUAAUUAUUCUUUGAAAAAAAGCAAAAAAGAAAAUAUAUCUUACAAGGAGGAGGAGAAGGCAUAUGACAACAUAAUUAAUGAUAAUAAUGUGGAUAUUAUGGAUAUUGUGAAUAAUAAUGAUAAUAUGGAUAAUAUAUAUAAUGUGAAUAAUAAUGAUAAUAUGGAUAAUAUAUAUAAUGUGAAUAAUAAUAAUAAUAAUAAUAAUAAUAAUAAUGUGGAUAAUGUCAAUAAUAAUAACCUUUGUGAUAAUAUGCUAUCUUGUGAAAAAGAAAAAAUUAUUUACGAUUUACAUGAUAUAAUAAAAUUGAAUAAUUCUGUAUUAUCAAAAAUAUAUUGUUCUCACAUAAGGUUAAGUUUUUUUUUCCCUCUCCUGUUUUACAAAACUUAUUAUAUUAAUAAUAUAUUAUCAAGCUCCUUAUUCAUUUAUAGUAAACGAUUUAAAAGUUUUAAAAAAGAGAAUACCACCAAAAUUAUUAAGUUAAUGAAUUUAACAUAUAUGUCUCAUAUUUUUAUUGUAAAGUUUUUAAUCCAAUUAUUAAAAGAAAUUAAAAGUGUACAUCCUAAUAUAUGCUUUAUGAAAAGAGAGAAAAUGAAAAAGAAAGAUAUAAAAACAGAAUCAUUAUUUUUUAGUAAAUUCCAUUUUUUUGAAUGUUAUAAAUUAUUAGAAUAUUCCUUAAAAAAAGAUAUACACAUGACUAAUGUUUUUUUAAAUUAUUUAAACAAAAUUAUAUUGCAUUUUUAUGAAAAGAAAAGGGAACAUAUCGUUUUAAGUGUAAUUAUAACUUUGACUAUAUAUAAUUUUUUAAUGUUCAUACAACAAAAAAAAAAAAAAAAAAAAAAAGCACAGGAUAAUAAUACAAAUAUAUGUGAUAAUAAUACAAACACGUGUAAUAAUAAUACAAGCACAUGUGAUAAUAAUACAAACACGUGUAAUAAUAAUACAAACACGUGUAAUAAUAAUACAAACACGUGUAAUAAUAAUACAAACACGUGUAAUAAUAAUACAAACAUGUGUAAUAAUAAUACAAACACGUGUAAUAAUAAUACAAACAUGUGUAAUAAUAAUACAAACACGUCUAAUAAUAAUACAAACACGUGUGAUCAUAACCAAACCCAUUUACAUGACGAAAAAAAUAAUAUACACCAAGACGAUUAUCGCUUCAUUGAAGUAAUAGAAAAAUUAAAUAUAAACGAAAUAUGUAAGGAGAUACAAAACAAUUGUUUAAUAGGUUAUAUAUUAAAAGAAAAUAAUUUUUAUAUCGAUGAAAAUAUUUCUUUUAUUUAUGUUCAUGAUAUAUAUAAUUAUGAAUUAAAAAAUCAUAUGAAAUAUAUCCCACAUAAUAUAAACAAAGAAAUGUUUCUUUUGGGAGAUUUUAAAAAACAUCUUUUUCAAAAAGGAAUUUAUAAAAAAGUACAAGUUAUUAAGAUACUUAAAAAAAAUAUAGUAAAUAAUUUAUAUACAUCAGAGAUAUUAAAUUAUAUAUAUUAUAAUUCCUUAUAUUUAUUAAUACAUCUUUUAUUAAAUAUACGUUUUUAUUAUAAUAUAUUUCAUAGUACAUAUAAAAAAAAUGCAUAUUAUUAUAAUAAGGAACAUCUAUGUUAUAUAACAAAAAUUCAAAAUGUUCUAAGCAUAAAAUUAAAGAAAACGACAAAUCAAAGGGAACAUUUUAUUUACGAUAAAAAGGUAUAUAAAAAUAAUUGUAAUGAUAGGGAUAAUCAAAUGAUUGAUGAUGGGGAUAAUCAAAUGAUUGAUGAUAGGGAUAAUCAAAUGAUUGAUGAUGUGGAUAAUCAAAUGAUUGAUGAUGGGGAUAAUCAAAUGAUUGAUGAUGUGGAUAAUCAAAUGAUUGAUGAUAGGGAUAAUCAAAUGAUUGAUGAUAGGGAUAAUCAACUGUUUAAUGAUAAGGAUAAUCAACUGUUUAAUGAUUCAAUUCUAUCCAUAUUAAUCAAACUGGAAAAAGCAUCUUACAAUAAUUAUUUGAAAAAAAAAUUGUACAUAAAAAAAUAUUAUAGUAAAUUGAAAAAAGGUAUUAUUAAAAAUUUAAAACAUUACGAACUAGCCAAUAAUAUUAAUAAAUAUAUUAAAAAUGUAAAGGAAGAUAAAUUAUUUUUAGAUACCAUAUUUAAGUUUGAUAAUUCCUCCUUCUUCUUGUUUAAUAUGUCAUUUCAAUUUGUUGAAAGCAUGUCUAUACAAAAUAUGAGAGGUGUGGAAAAUAUAAAAAAAAAUACAAAUAAUGUUCAUUUAGAAAAUUACAACAAAAUCAAUGACAUCAAAAAUAAUAAUAAUAAUAAUAAUAAUAAUGAUUAUAAUUGUGAUUAUAAUUAUGAUGAUGAUAUGUUAUAUAGACAGAAUAACAAUUUUUUUAUGUAUAUUUUCAGCAAAAUAAAAAAUGUAUAUUUAUUUGUUGACGAAAUUAAUAAAAUGGUUUAUAGUAUUAUGCAUAGAGAUUUAAAUAUAUAUAAUACCAUUAUAUAUUCUUUUAAUAUGCAAAAUAUACAUGAUACAAAUAAUUUAUGUAUAAAUUUUUACUUUUAUGAAAUAGAAACAAAUAGGUGUACUGAUAUACACAUGGGUCAUAUCAACGAUAAUAAAUAUUAUAAUAAUUACCAGAAUAAGAAUUUAUAUGUGGAUACUCUUAAAAAACCAACAAAAAUUGAAAAUGACAUAUUUUUUUCAUCGACUAAUCAACUUAAUACUAAUACAAAAAAUAAUACAUGUAACAACAUACAUAAACAUCCAUACUUGUUAUGUAUAUUUAAAUAUAAAGAUUUAAAAGAAGAUGGAAACGAAAAAAAAAAUAACGUUAUAUAUUUUAAUGAGCUCAUAGAUUACAUAAUUUCUAGUAUUAUUGAAACUACUUAUAAGAAGGAAAAAAUUAUUUAUUGGUCUUCAUUUUUGUAUAACCUGAAGAACUAUGCGUUAAUAAACUUUCAUUUAUUAUUUUAUUUAUGUUCAUUGUUAAAAAAAAUUAAUGACAUGAUAAAUGUAAACAAUAAUGAUGGUAAUAAUAAUGAUGGUAAUAAUAAUGAUGGUAAUAAUAAUGAUGGUAAUAAUAACGAUGGUAAUAAUAAUGAUGGUAAUAAUAACGAUGGUAAUAAUAAUGAUGGUAAUAAGAACGAUGAUAAUAAUAAUGAUGGUAAUAAUUAUUAUUUUUAUUAUAAUAACCUUUAUGAUAGUAAGCAUUCCAAAUCUAUUCAUAUAAUAAAGAAAAAAAUAAAAAUAUGUAAAGACAUAUAUAUAUUAUACCUAUACAAAAUAGGGCUUUUAUUAAAUGUCAGCAUUUAUGAAACAUUCGACCUAUUAUUUUCAGUUGUUUGUAUAUUAUUUAAUUAUGAGUUUUAUAAUUUUUAUAUGGAGAAAAAAAUUUAUACUUUAGAAGAAAAAAAUAAAGAACAUAUAAAAAAUUUUGUUACAUGUAUAAAAGAAGAAGUACAAUUUUUUAUUACAAAUUAUGAUAUGUCCAUAUUUAUAGAAGGUAUUCAAUAUAUAAGUGAUGCUAUAUUUUUAAAUAAAAAAAUAAAAAUUUUAAUUUUUAAAAGUUAUGCUUUUCUUAAUACCAUUCUUCAUAUAUUACCCUUACGACAAAUCAUAACAGACAUGAAGAAUGUUCCUUAUAUAAAUAAAGUACUAAAUCAAAGAAAAAAAAAAAAAAAACAAACAAAAAAAAAAAAAACGGAACAUUAUUUACAAACAUAUUAUAAUCUAUUUAAAAGUUAUAAUACAAAUAUUGAUACACAAUUAUCAUCCAAUCUAGAAGAACCACAAACAGACAAUAAUUAUAUAAAUGGAAAUAUACAAAAUGUACAAAAUGUACAAAAUAUACAAAAUGUACAAAAUAUCAAAACAAAUAAUAAUACAAUUAAUUAUUUAUACAUUUUAUCAAGCGAUUCAGAAAAAUUCAGCGAAUCCUCAACAGAUAUAGAUAUAUUAGAACACGAUUUAAAUAAUUUUAAAAGCUCACAAAUAGAUGAAAAAAAUAUAGCUAGUCAUAUGAAAGAACAAAAACAAAAUAAAUAUGAAGAGAAAAAAGAUGAUGCAAUCAAAAAAAAUGUGUGGAUUUUUAAAAUUUUUAAAUUCUUUUAUUAUAGAUCUUUUAUGUGCUUUUAUAAAAACAAAUCACAAGAGGAACAUUUAUAUGAGAAGAAAAAAUGUUUCUUAUAUUUCUUUUUUCACAACAAUAAAAAAAAAAAAAAAAUAAAAAAAAAAAAUAAUAAUAAUAAUAAUAAUAAUAAAAUACAAAAAAAACAUAUAAGCGAACAGAUCUAUUAUUUAAGAAAAAUGUUAUUCAAAAAAUCCAAUUUUUCCAUUAUGUGUAAACAAGCAUAUAUAAUUAAAUGGAUAUGUCUUCGUAUGUUUAUAUUAAAAAAAUAUGAUUAUAAAAGAUUUAAUUUAAUUGAACUAUUUCAAUAUAUAUAUAAAAAAUUACAUUAUAUUAAUAAUAAACAAACAUUUGAAUUCCAUCUUAUAUCAACGGAUAAUUCUUUAAAUCAUUUCGACAGUAUAGACAUUAAAUAUAUAUUUCAUAUUUUUCUUAUUCACAUAAAUAAAAUGAUAAAUUAUUUAACAAAAAAAUAUUAUGAAUUAUGUUCACAAGAAGAAAAAUGUAUUCAAUUUACCAAUAUAAAACUUAUGUCCAAAAAAGAAAUUAAAAUUUUCAAUUUAUAUAAUCAAAUUAAUAAUAAUAUUAUUUCUUUUAUAAUAUCUUUUUACCCUUAUUUAAUAAAAAAUAAAUUUUCAUAUGAUAUCUUUUACAAAUUAUUUAAUAUAUAUUUUAAUAUGUAUAUAAUAAAUAAACAAACAAAUUAUAUUUCAUUACACUCCUCUAUAUAUCUUAUACUUUUCAUAUUUCUAAAACAUACAAACACAAGUGUCUACAUGAUGUUUUCUUAUUUUACGAGUCUUCAAAAUUAUUUGGAGACAACAAAUUCAUUCCCAUUAUUUGAUUCGUAUUGUUUAAAUUAUGAGGGAGCAAAGUGUCACAUAAGAGAAAGCGUGGAAUAUUUCGUACAAAAUUUGGAUGAAGAAUUUUUCAUAUUCGACGAUAUGAAAAUAAUAUUUGAUGUAAAUUCUAUUUCCUUGUUUUACUAUAUGUUAAUUAAUAUUUUUCGUUAG